CAGAAGCAGCAUCUCUCAGAAACAACAUCAUGGCAGCAGAAAGCGAUGUGCUGUGUGAGAUCGAGGUGCUGCAGUCAAUCUACCUGGAUGAGCUGCUGGUCACGAGGAGGGAGGACAGAGGUUGGGAGGUGAGCCUGGUCCUGUAUCCCUCCACAGGGGAAGACUCUGUGUCCCAGUUCGUCCGACUCACGCUGACUUUGACCCUCGAUCAGCAGUAUCCGUCGUCUUCUCCGGUCAUCUCCAUCCAUAACCCGCGGGGGCUUUCCGACGACAAGCUCAGCAGUGUUCAGAAAUGUCUGCAGCUGGAGGCUCAGUCUUCUCUCGGCUCACCAGUGUUAUAUCAGCUCAUCGAGAAAGCAAAAGAGAUCCUGACUGAGAGUAACAUCCCUCAUGGAAACUGUGUCAUUUGCCUCUACGGGUUUAAGGAGGGAGAGACGUUCACCAAGACGAGCUGCUACCACUACUUCCACUCCCACUGCCUCGGCCGCUACGUCAGGCACUCGGAGAGGGAGCUCCGCCAGAGGGAGAAGGAGUUAGAGGAGGACAAGACCCGGGAGAGAGAUGAGCGACAGGAGCUGACUGUGGUGUGUCCGGUGUGCAGAGAGCCGCUGAGCUACGAUGUGGAUCAGCUUCUGUCCUCUCCUGUCCCCCAGCUGCCCGAGCUGGACGAAGCAGCGAUCAGCUCAGAUUUUCAACACAAGUGGUUUGAACUUCAGAAGCUUCUGGAGAGACAGCGGUGUCGAGGAGGCAUCAUCGACCCGGAGGAGGAAUCCAAUCGGUUCCUCAUUCAUAUCAACGAGGCUCCCUCUGCUUCUGAAAACGGAAACCUGGAGGCAGACGACCCCCCCGCUCCCCCCGCUCUCCCCCAGCAGGCGCCAUCCGCCUCCAACGCCUCCUCCUCCGACGAAGCCGGCGUCCGAGCGGAGCGGCCCGUCCCCGGUCUGUCCCACUGCAGAGGGGGUGGGGGCCAGAGCCAGAGGAGGCGGCCGAGGAGGGGGGGCAGGUUCAGGCCGCACCAGGAGAGAGGGAGAGCCGCGCCGAUCACAGAGCACCUGGACAAACUCUCUCUGACGCCGCACUGCUCCGACGGACCCACGAAAGCCGCCAAACCUCAGGGUAACCACGGGCAACGGGCGCAAGGAGACGCACGGCAACAGACGCAGGUUUCCGCAGGCGAGCCAAGCCUGGAAACCGAAAGCUUUAAAGACGCAGCAGACUCUGCGGCGGGGGGUGGCGGCGGCGGGGGCCGGGGGUCGCGGCCACCGUGGAAGGAGGAGGUGGGGGGGGCAUCACCGGUCCGCCCAGCACGCCCCUGCCCCCGCCACCGGGCCGCCUCGCUACCACUGGGACAGCCGGGAUUCGAGAAAGGAGGAGGAGGAGGAGGAGGGGGAGGGGCUCGGCGGGCUCACGCGGUCAGAGGCUACCAGCAGAGGGCGAUGGAGAGAGACAGGGGCAGAGAGGAGGUGCUAUGACAAAGGGCGACAGGAGGGCCGAUGAACAAACGUACGUGCGCCUCCGUCACAUCAUCACAGCCCUGCAGCAGGAGCGAGGGUCUCUGCAGUAGGAGUGAGGGUCUCUGCAGCGUCCCGUCGUCGUCGUCGCCCCCGCCCCCCCGCACGUCUCUCACGCACACACACUACAGACGCAGGUGGUUGUUGCUGCUCUCCGUCGUGACUCCGACAUACGACUUGAAAGAACUGCAAAUUAAAAUGUCUCUGGAUGUCAGAGUCUCAGUGUG